AUGUUUGCCGCGCGGCGCAGAUCGACGAAGUCGAAUCGAAGUCGCAAGCGACUAAAGCCGCAAGCCCCAAAUUUGGGUAGCAUCCGACUUUGGCCGCACGGCGACCGGCCGCAUGCGACUGUUGAAGAGCUUAAAUUGAAGAUAAAAAAUAUACGAACCACAUAUAAUAGAGCGGCCAGUAAGGUAUCAAAGUCAAAGAAUAGUGGUGCGGGAGAGGAUUAUGUACACAGAUCUCAAUUAAUUUGGUUUUCUAUAGCUGACCGCUUUUUAAAGCCAGUGAUAGAAGGAAGAAACAGUAAAGAUAACAUGGGAAAAGAAAACGAAGAUUCAGCGGUGAACAGAAACAGCGACGCGUCUUCAUAUUUUGAUGAAUUGGGACAAGAAUCUAAUAUUGCGCACUUACAAAAGAUAAAACAAUUGUCUCCAAAGAAAAAGGCGGAGCGUGCUCUAAAAAUGGAAGGACCAAUAGAUUAG